AUGGUGACCGCCACUUUGAAAGACGGCCAAUCCGGGCUGCCAACUCCCAGAAGCACAGGGUCCUACUGGCUUCGCGACCCGUCGUACGUGCUCCUCGGCCGUCGCUCAACGCCAGACCUGCCCAAGACGGCAGACGUAGUCAUCGUUGGCAGCGGGAUCACGGGGGCGUUUGCGGCGCGGGAGCUCGUUGCCGGGGGGAGGGGGGUGGUGAUGCUGGAGGCGAGGGAGGCUUGCUGGGGGGCUACGGGGAGGAAUGGAGGACACUGUCAGCCCAUGAUUUACGCGAAUAAGCCGCAUAUUGCGCGCUUCGAGCUUGCUACGUAUCGCUUCCUGGAGGACGUUGUGACGAAGUUCAAUGUUCCCUGUGACUGGAGGCGGGUUGGGGGCGUACAUGCACUGCCUACCGAUGAGCUGGUCGAGCUUGUUGCGAAGAGGAUCGCGAGGCUUGACAAGCACCAUCCGGAUCUUGCGGGCCUGGCGACGCUCUUCACCGACCCCGAGGACCUGAAGAGGCUGAGGGUGCCGAACGCAAAGGGGGCGGUGCUGCAGCCGUACGCGGCAAAGUGCUGGCCGUAUAAGCUCGUUGCUUGGGUGCUGGAGGCGCUGUUCACGAAGGAGGCUCCCGAGGUGUUCAACCUGCAGACGUCGACGCCGGUGACGCAUCUGCAGAGGCUGGACUCGGGAUCGUGGGUGCUGCACACGCCGAGGGGCCAGGUCGUCGCCAGGGAGGUGCUGCUCGCGACGAACGCAUACACGAGCCACCUGCUGCCGAAGAUGACGGGGUUGGUCGUGCCCGUCCGGGGCCAGGUGUCCGCGCUGGAGCCGCCGGAUGGGGGCGUCGCACUGGAGCACAGCCACGUGUGGAUUGCGGAUGAGAGCGACAACUAUCUGAUCCAGCGGGACGACCCGCUGGAGAUGAUUGUCGUUGGCGGGGAGAGGCUGAGCGUCCCUGGGGGAGGAGAGGGGGUGUGGAGCGACGACGAAAUUGACGAGGUGGUUGCGGAGAGGCUGAGGCGGUGUCUGCGUCCUGCGCUGAAGCUGCGGCCCGACGGGCAGGACGAGGAGGAAGAGCUCCGGGCGAGGUGGCAGUGGACGGGCAUCAUGGGGUACUCUGUCGACGGGAGCCCGUUCGUGGGGAGGGUGCCGGAGGAGCUUGGGGGAGGGGACGGGCUGUGGAUUUGCGCUGGGUAUACGGGGCACGGGAUGCCGGUUGCGGCGAGGUGCGCGGUGGCCGUGUCGCGGAUGAUGCUGGGGUCGGGAGGAGGAGGAGGAGAUGGUGGUGGUGGUGAUGAUGGGUCUGUGGACGUGCCGGAGGAGUUUCUGGUGAGUGCUGAGAGGGCGGAGAGGGCGAGGGGGAGGGAGUUGAUGAGGAGCAGUUUGGAGGAGUUUCGGUUGGGGAUGGAGGAGUUGGUGCAGGGGGGUUGGUAGGGCUGAGUGGUGCGUUAUUGAUGAGAUGUUUGUUUUAUGUCUCUGUUGAG